AUGGACAAGAAAAAAACAUCAAGUCGAUCCGAAAAGAACACAACGGUAAAACCUACAUCAAAAUCAUCCUCAUUAAGACAAGCAACAGCGAACUUCCAUGAAUGUAUUACAACUACAGAACAAUCGUUGCCACUAUCGACAUCAAAUCAAGCAGCAAGAUAUGCACGCUCACAACGAAUACCAUCGAUACCGAUGCGCAUGGACAUCGCUCAGAAUUUCUUUUUGAUUUGGCUUGACUCAUCUAUUGAUAAAUCAAAUCAAGAUUGCCAACGUUUUCUUACGACAUUAAAUCACUUUGUAAACACAAUCAAAACAUACACAGAUCUCAAUGAAUGCGUCGAAUUCAUUACUGCAUCAACACAUGAAAACAUUUUUAUGAUUACAUCAGGAACUCUCGGAUCACAGUGCGUACCUUUCAUUCAUCACAUGGCACAAAUCGAUUCCAUCUAUAUAUUGUGCGGCAAUAAAUCAAAACAUGAUCAAUGGGCUAAGGAUUGGCAAAAGAUCAAAGGUGUUUUCACAGAUAUUCGAUCUCUCUGUGGAGUUUUGCAACAAGACAUUCAUUUGUGUGACCGAGAUUCAACACCAAUCGCUAUAACAAAUGCUCAGAACCCUGAUCAGCUAGAUCCUACGUUCAUGUAUACAACCUUAUUCAAAGAAGCAGUUUUAGACAUACACUAUGAUGCAAAUGAAAUUCCUAAACUUACUGAAAUAUGUCGUAAACUUUAUACGGAUAACAAAAAAGAAUUAGACAUCAUCAACGAAUUCGAGCACAAAUACACGGCUGAAACUUCUAUCCGGUGGUAUACACGAGAAUGCUUUGUAUAUCACAUACUUAAUCAAGCAUUACGUACCUUUGAUGCCACCACGAUGCUCGUCAUGGGUGUUUUCAUUCGACAUCUUCAUCUUCAUCUUCAACGACUUCAUUCUCAACAGAAACAUCUGUUCCCAGAAAAAUUUCAGUUAUAUCGCGGCCAGGCUUUACUAACGAACACUUUUCAUCAAUUACAAGCAUCAUCUGGAGGGCUCUUCUCAUUCAACAGUUUUUUAUCGACAAGUCAAGACCGUGCCGUUUCCUAUCGGUUUGCUGCUGCAGCCACACGAAAAUCAGAUCACGUUGGGGUGCUUUUCCAAAUCACAAUCGAUCCAAAGUGCUCCUCUACGCCAUUUGCACUCAUCGAUAAACAAGGUUACUUUGGGGAGCGAGAGAAAGAGAUUCUCUUUUCCAUGAACUCCAUUUUCCGUAUAGGCCAAUCAUACCAGAUCCACAAAGAACUUCAGUUGUUUGAAGUUGAAUUGGUUCUCACACAGAACAAUGAUCCGAAACUAGCACAUCUCACAAAACAUAUCCGUGACAAAAUUUCUAGAUCGACUGGUUGGCAUACUUUAGGUGCACUAUUUCUUCAAACUGGUGACUUCCACCAAGCGGAAGCUCUCUAUCGGACACUUUUAAUGAACGUAGAAGAAGACGAUUUCAAUGAAAUCGCUUUUCUCAAUCAUCAGCUCGGUCGAGUGUAUUCAGACAUGGGAGAGUACUCAAAAGCACUGGAAUACUACGAGAAAGAUCUGGAGAUCAGCAAACAAUCUCUCCCACCAACUCAUUCUGAUUUGGCCACAAGCUACAGCAACAUCGGUGGAGUUUAUUCAGACAUGGGUGAGUACUCAAAAGCACUGGAAUACUACGAGAAAGCACACAAGAUCUACGCACAAUCUCUCCCACCAACUCAUCCUGAUCUGGCCACAAGUUACGGCAACAUCGGUCGAGUUUAUUCACACAUGGGUGAGUACUCAAAAGCACUGGAAUACUACGAGAAAGCACACAAGAUCUACGCACAAUCUCUCCCACCAACUCAUCCUGAUUUGGCCACAAGCUACAGCAACAUCGGUCGAGUUUAUUCACACAUGGGUGAGUACUCAAAAGCACUGGAAUACUACGAGAAAGCACACAAGAUCUACGCACAAUCUCUCCCACCAACUCAUCCUGAUUUGGCCACAAGCUACAGCAACAUCGGUCGAGUUUAUUCACACAUGGGUGAGUACUCAAAAGCACUGGAAUACUACGAGAAAGCACACAAGAUCUACGCACAAUCUCUCCCACCAACUCAUCCUGAUCUGGCCACAAGUUACAACAACAUCGGUCGAGUUUAUUCACACAUGGGUGAGUACUUAAAAGCACUGGAACACUACGAGAAAGCACACAAGAUCUACGCACAAUCUCUCCCACCAACUCAUCCUGAUUUGGCCACAAGUUACGGCAACAUCGGUGGAGUCUAUUCACACAUGGGAGAGUACUCAAAAGCACUGGAAUACUACGAGAAAGCACACAAGAUCUACGCACAAUCUCUCCCACCAACUCAUCCUUCAUUGGCCACAAGUUACGGCAACAUCGGUCGAGUCUAUUCACACAUGGGAGAGUACUCAAAAGCACUGGAAUACCACGAGAAAGGACAUAAGAUGUAUGAACAAUCUCUCCCACCAACUCAUCCUUCAUUGGCCACAAGUUACAACAACAUAGGUGGAGUGUAUUCACACAUCGGAGAGUACUCAAAAGCACUGGAAUACUGCGAGAAAGCAGAGAAGAUCUGCGUACAAUCUCUCCCACAAACUCAUCCUGCGUUUAGUUCAGUGUACAGUUGCUUGGGCAGAAUUUAUCGCUAUUUGAGGGAUUACUCAAAAGCGUUGAUGUUUUUCGAAAAAACUCUGGAAAUGGAUCGGAAUAUAUUCUCGGAGCGGCAUCCGUUUAUGGGAAUAACAUACGCUAAUGUGGGUGACGUUCAUAGAUUAAGUGGAGACAUAAAGUCAGGUUUGGGUUUUCUUGAGAAAGCAAGAGAUAUUCAGGAGAAUGUUACGUGUGAUCCGGUUUCGAUUGCUUGGACUUAUGAGUAUUUGGGAGGAACAUACUUGGCGAUGAAAGAAUACACAAGAGCAUUGGAGUUUUAUGGAAAAGCACUAGAAAUUCGGGAAAAGUGUCUACGAGCAACGCACCCGUAUAUAGCAGACGCGCAACAUCAUUUGGCGGAAGUUUACAAGGAAAUGAAAGAGUACAAUGCAGCAUAUGAACAUGCCGAAAGAGCUGUUCAAAUAGCUCAGGAGAAACUACCUGCGACACAUCCGUAUCUGUUGGAAUAUAGGAAGAACGCAACUGAUAUAGAACAGAAGCUUUAA